UGCAGAGUUUAUAGUACUAAGGUCCCGUCCGCCUUUUGCAGCGCCAAUUCCCCGUCCCUCUACCCAACACGUCCCCUUUGUAUUUCUCCUUCCCAUUCUCUCUUUCCCUCCUUCGGCCCCUCAACAGCGAUCAGAAUAGACGGCCUGGGGAAAACCCCCGUUUUUCCUCCGCGUGGAGAAGUAGUGCCGGGGACCAUCUCCUGGUUGGUGGCUGUGUGCGCCCUCUCGAACGCCCAUAGCCAGCUCGCUCCCCACCACCACCACCAUCACCAUCACCCAACACCCACGGCAUUAAAACCCCCUUCGUUCACUCCGCCUGUAGCCUCCACGGCGGGAACCACGCCCGACCUUGGAGGAACCAAUCAUUUUGCGACGCCAAGCACACACACGCAAUCACACCUCCUGAGGAUCCUUCCAGAACAGGCCGUCUAAAACAAGAUGGCGCACCAACUGGAACAACUCCUAACCUGCUGCAUUUGCCUGGACAGAUUCCGGAACCCCAAACUCCUACCAUGUCAGCACUCGGUCUGCAUGGAGCCCUGCAUGGAGGGCCUUGUCGACUACGUCAGACGACAGGUGAAGUGCCCAGAAUGCAGGGCAGAGCACAGGAUACCCUACAACGGCGUCCAGGGAUUCCCUUCCAACGUCACCCUCCAAAGAUUCCUUGAGGCACACAUAGAAAUCACAGGAGAGACUCCGGACCCUCACACAGGCCAGUACAUGGAAAGGUGCGCAGUAUGUAAUGAGAAGAAUUACCUGGGCGUGUGCGCGCACUGCGGGAAAAAGAUAUGCACAGACUGCAAAGCUGCUCACACCGAUAUACUGAAGAGGGAAAUUGGCCGAAUCAAUAAUCAGGUAAAACGAGCGGCGCAUCGACUGAACGACCAAUUAACAGCAGUGGAGCGAAACAUCCUCUCCCUCAAGCAGAACACAGGAAGCGUCUCUGAAGAAAUCGAAAAUAUUAGCAAGCGACUCCAGAAGUCGGUCAGGGAUCGCUGUGAUUUUCUUAAGUCUGAGGUCGAAAAUUACUACAACAACGAACUCCGCAACCUCACCCUCCUGAAGGAGAGUCUGGACCAAGAAGUCUCCAACAUCGAAAGCAACAUCGAACUUGCUGAGAAACACAUGGACGACGAAACGCCGUGGGACGACUGUGAGCUGAUGGACACCAAAGACAUAUUCCUCAAGACCAUCGAAUUUAUCCGUAAUUUCGAUUACGAAGGCGGAGACUACAGUAGGAGGGCUCGCUUUAACCCACCAGAUGAUCUUAAUAAGCUGACGUCUAACCUGAGUUCGCUGGGCGAACUCACCUUCCACAAACCCAACAAUCCGAAUGAAGGAGGCUACGGGUCCGGCCAGAGUUUGGGAUCCGGUCUCAUGAAGAGCAAGAGCGACCACAGACUGGCAUCGCAAUUCCGUGACCAGGAGGACUCCUAUAAUUACAAUCCAGGCAGGACAUCGCCAGUCACGCGCAGACGCUUUGGGGAGAGGAACACCGAAAGGCACGACGAGGAUUCCGCGGCUGACUCUGGGAGGAGGCGGUUCCGGUCGCGCUUCAUGCGAAAAGAAGAAGACGAGGAGCGUUCGGUUCGCUUCUCCGAAGAGGAUGGAUCAAAACGACAACGAGUGAUUGAUUCAGAAGAUGUCUCACGUGGUCCACUCUCAGGGAUCAUUCGCCUUUAUGACUCUCCUCGAGUCAUGAAGAGAUUCCAAGAACGAGAACAGAACAAGACUAAGAAGAAAGAUGAGCCACCCAAGACACCUCAGACAACAGCUAACAAACCACCACAAACUCCAGUCCAGAAUAAACCAUUAAGACAAACUAGCAAUGAAGAUGAGAUAGAUAAGAUAAAGAAACAAAAUAAAGCAGCUGAAGCAUCAACUUCAGGUGCAACAGCCACCACUCCUUCAGUUAGCACCUCCACACCCACUACACCUACCACACCUACUAAACCUGCUGGGGAGAGAGUUUCCUCUAUAAGAGAGGAUGAGAGGCAAAGCCGUAUUGACAGGUCAUCUACUUCUCCCAGGUCAUCUGCUAACCAUUCACCAGCAUCAUCUGUUACCAGAGAGGAUGAUGCAAACCGUAAACGUGAUUAUAGUGGAUCUAGAGCAGAUAGCACAGCUAGUAGUUCUAAUGGCACUACAAAUCGGCCACCAUCUCGUAAAACCAGUUUUGAUACAGGAGUAACUAGUGUAACCCAGCGAUCCUACCCCUUUAGCCGUUCCUCUUCUAAUUCUUCCAUAGGUGAUAAGGAUAAGAGCACAAGUGGCACCAGAAGUCCUCGUCCAAUUGAUACAGCAGCGGUAGAACGUCGUCUAUCGCGUUCUAAUAGUACAGACAGCAACUCAGGUGAUGGUUCAGCAUCCCCAAAAAAAUCUGGUGCUGCUUUUACUACAGAAGAACUUAAGAGUCGUUUCUUAAGAAGUGAUUCAAAACCUUCCACCUCCAAAGUUGAAAGUUCAUCUAGAUCAACGGGUCCAACUAGUGGAUCUCGUUUCCAUUCACGUUUUUUAGGCCGAGCCGGUACUCCUUCAGUAGAGGCCUCGAAGGAAUCAGGGAAUGAAGAUGAUGAUGAUGAUGAAAGCAGUGAUGAUUCCGAGUCUGAGGAGAGUGAAGAGUCCUCUGAUGAUGAGGAGGAAGAAGAGAAGGAAACCACCUCAGAAUACUCUCGACCAGACAUUGGGCCCUUGCUGGGCCGGAGUGCCCAGGCUCGCGACGUAGCCGGUAGUAGUACUAGUAGUAGUAGUUCUAGAAGUACCUGGAAUGAUAGAAGUUCAUAUCCUCCCUCAUCGAGUGGUGGGGACUCUGGAUACAGUAGCAGCAGGUAUGGAAGCAACAGUGAUAACAGCAAUGGCAGUACCAGCAGCAGUAGCAGUAGGUAUGGUGCCUCAGCUUCAAGCACCAGCAGCACCGACUCAGGAGUUGGUAGUCACCGGCGUCCGUCGUACCUGGAACCUGCGAAGCCUUCAGCAAAGGAUAAGGAUGAUGAAUUUGAGUCAAAAUAUCCUUAUGCUAGUAAGUACCUGAGCCGAUCUCGGGCAAGUGUGCCUGAGGAGGAAACCAAGCCAACUACUUUCCAAAGUCGAUUCUUAAACCGUUCUAAAAGUUCUGCAGUCUUAGGCCCAGAUGAUGAUGAUUCUAGCACUACACCCACCCAUGGAACUAGUCGUGCACGUUUUGAAGAACUCAAAGAAAGACGGCAGCGAUUAGCUAGAAGCAAGAGUUCAGCUGGACUUGAAGAUGAUGAAGGGGCCUCAGCUGACACUAAUUCUCCAUCUAGCUACCGCCCUCGUUAUAGUCGCACUGAUACGGAUACAACACCAUCAUCUCGAAGUGCUUCUUCUACAGGAGCACCUAGUGCAGAUUCAGAAGGUUCAUCGUCAACACAACUUUCAAAUUGGGCACGUUACUUAAAGAACAAGUAUGGUAACAGAGACAGUGGAGCUUCUACUCCAUCUGGUAGAACUUCCACAACUGGAAUAGGUAGUACUUUGAGUAGCACCAACAGUACUGCCGGUAGCUCACUGGGUAGUUCACGCACGGGUUCCACCAGUUCCGUUGGAGGACGGGCUAUAUCAAGAUCACGUUCUUCACACCUUCUUGGCUUGGCCAAAGAGGGAGAAUCUUCUGAAGACGAUUCAAAAAACGUGCACGCUACCCCUACUUCCCCAGCAGCAGGUACAGCAGUGGUUCCUACUCCCUUCGGAAAUUUACAUAGGAGCCAGUACUUGCAAAAGCAACGCCUCUUAAUUAAGAUCGGGAGUAGGGGUAGUGAAGCAGGAAACUUUACAUGGCCAAGAGGCAUAGCUGUUGGACCUGACAACAGCAUUGUGGUUGCUGAUUCAAGCAAUCAUCGUGUACAGGUAUUUGACCAACAGGGUAAUUUUCUUAAAGAAUUUGGAUCAUAUGGUAGUGCAGAGGGUGAAUUUGACUGUUUGGCGGGUGUGGCUGUUAACAGAAUUGGUCAAUACAUUAUUGCUGACCGUUACAACCACAGAAUCCAAGUCUUCGAUCCAUCAGGGAUGUUUCUUCGUUCCUUCGGAAGUCAAGGCAGCGGAGAUGGACGAUUCUCAUAUCCGUGGGGCGUAACCACCGAUGCGCUCGGAUUCAUCUACGUCUGCGACAAGGAAAAUCAUCGCGUGCAGGUCUUCCAGUCUGAUGGAUCCUUUGUGGGCAAGUUUGGAUCGAUGGGAAAUAAACCAGGGCAGCUGGAACAUCCACACUACAUUGCAGUGUCUUCAACUAACAGAGUAAUCGUCUCUGAUUCCAACAACCACCGAGUGCAGAUAUUUGACAUAAACGGAAAAGUCAACACAACAUUUGGAUCAGAAGGAAGCGGAGAAGGACAGUUCAAAUUCCCAAGGGGCGUUGCUGUCGACGACCAGAAUUACAUUUUUGUGGCGGACAGCGGCAACAACCGAAUUCAGAUCUUCCACCCCGACGGCACUUUCCUGAGGGCCUUCGGAUGCUGGGGAUCCGGCGACGGGGAGUUCAAGGGCCUUGAGGGCGUCGCCGUUAUGUCCAACGGCAACAUCCUUGUGUGCGACCGAGAGAACCACCGCAUCCAAGUCUUCUGAAAACGGGUCACGUGAUUUCGAAUGGCAGGCACAAGGAGUAACGACAAACACACACAAAAUAAAAUAAAAUAUGAUAAAAAAAAAAA